ACUUAUCAGCGCGUGCUGAUUAGAUAAAAGGAAAAAUCGUGGAGUUUAGGAGCGAGGAAAAGCUUCGUUAGACCGGGAGUAGAAACGAUAUCGAGAGGGUGUCGCGUUUCGCCGUGUUUCCUUCGGUCCGAUCGAGAAACGAACACGAGGAGAAAAUAAAAACAAAAAAAAAAAAAAAAAAGGAAAGAAAGAAAAAAGGGAAGAGGAACGUGCGAAAAAGCGGCGAGCUCGUGCUGAACGAGGAGGAAGAUGGCGGGCUUGGUAAAUCGUCUCACAAUGGGAGGUCUUGCGCUGUCGAUCGGCCUCUGUUUCGUCGUACGGAGUGCAGUCGUCGCCGCGCACGGUCAGCAUGAACAUCUACUCAGCAGACUCACCAGUUUUUCACAACGAUUGAGUAUUACUCCCGAAACUAAUUCUCAACGAUUUUCGAAACGGGAAUCAAAAUUUUCGGUGCCUGCUUGAAAAUUCCGAUCCGGAAUUGGAAGAUCGUCACGAUCGAGCACGCGCGGCCGAGAACGAUCUCAGUUUGGUGAUAAUCACGACAGACGAAACGAGUCACGACGGAUGAACAAGCCGGAGCUACACACACGAGCUAGAACGAUGCCGUCAUCGAAUCUAACGUGAGGCGCGCCGAUAGAGCAGCAAAGGUUGCCGUUGCGUAACGCGAGCUCAGUGAGAAACACGAAGAAGAAAACGACGGUCAGAAGAGAGACGAGAUUAGGCCCGGCUUGAGCAGAAGCUGUGAUUAGUGCCCGAGAGCCCGCGGGAGAAACGGGGGAGAUCUUUCUCGAGAUCAUCGGGAAUGACGACCACUCGAUCCGGACUGAUGAAACGACACGGAGAGGAAGACGACGUUCCAACGGCGGUACGAGAAUGACAACGAUCGGGACGGUGGUCGGGAUCUCGAGGCUGCUCGUCCUCGUGCCUGUCACCGUCUGCGCGACCAUUUCCUACGUCGACCAACAACUGCCGCGAUGCAGCGACCGAACACCGCCAUCCCAGACGUUGGCCAAGUGUCAAUACGACGACGACUGUAUGAAGAAUGCUUACUGUUGGAAUCAAGAAACCUGCUUGUGCAAAGACAAUUAUAUCGCGUAUAAAAAUCGCACACACGUGGAAUGCCUCAGAGUGGCGAAUGCCAUCGGGGACCCUUGCGAGAAGGAUAUUCAGUGUCACGUGACCUUCGCCCCUUACUCGGAGUGCCGACAAAGUAUCUGCCAAUGCUCCGACGGUUCUCACUACGAGGAAGGAAGGUGUUACAAGUCUGUAGGACUGGGACUUCCUUGUCAAACGCACCGGAACUGCUACAUCAAGGACAGUUACUGCGUGACAGGAUUCUGUGCGUGCACCUUGCGGUAUCAUCCGAAUCCACGCAACGAUGGUUGCAUUCCGAGUCUUGAGUUAGGCGACAAGUGCAGCAACGAUUACGAGUGCGUCACGGAGAACUCGAGGUGCGUCGGCAACUGUUCGUGCAAAGUGGAUCACGUGUUGUCGAGCGACGGGAAACGAUGUCUGAAAGUUAGCAAUUCCGUGGGCGAGCCGUGUCAAGAGGACUCUCAAUGCCAGUUGUUUCAGCUGGAGACCGAGUGCGGAACCAGUGGCAAAUGCAGCUGCAUCGAGGGCUACCAUCAACGGGGCUCCAUAUGUCUCCGAGAUAGAUUCCUGAACGAAAGAUGUGAAACUCACAGAGAAUGUAUCACCGACACGUACGGGAACUCCAACUCCACCGACGUGAUGAACGUCGACUGUAUAAAUGGCUUUUGCACUUGCGCCAGUGACUACAUUAUGGCGGAGGAAUUGUACGAUUGCAUCCGAUACAGCGACAAUGGAGCCACGACGGCUGCAGUGUCUUGGCAACGACUUCUUCAAGGUCUAGCUCUUCUAUUCUUUGCCAGAUUUUCAAUCUUGUGAACACUGUGCGACGAUUCAAGAGACACGACAGUCGUUCGUAACUUCACAGUUGUACAACUUAUAUUUAUUAAUUACGUUCCCCCUCUCAUUGUAAAUACGCUACAUUCGUGUAGAUAGAGACGAACAUAUCGCUACCAAAGAUAAAUCCAUUUCGUAUUUAUUUAUAUCACAGAAUGUUAAUCACUGUUGAACGUGUAUCAAACACUUGUUGUUCAACGGAAGCUGAAUCAUUCCAUUUUAUGGCGAUAAAGUCGACAGGAAAAAAUUUGUUAUCUCUACAUGGACAUGUAAAUUUAAUUAAGAAAUGAAAUCAUCCAUUUAUUUCCAUGGAGUAUUAAUGUUGCGUUGUUAAGAACUGACUCAGCCUCUGUUGUCCAAGAAUCGAUGCAGAUAAUAUCAUGCAAAGAUCGUAUAGUUUGCUUUCAUAGUAAUGUUGCAGUAGAGCGCAUAGCAACGAAAGAUAAUUUAUGUGGAAAUAUAUGCGUUGACAUACGA